AUGGUUCGCAACAUUCACAUCGCGGUGCUGGAUGUUGACAUCCCAGCCCGCGGUCUCUACGAAGCCCGCGGCCUCUGCAGCGCACACUUCCGCAGUAUCCUCCGCGAGACAGCAGCACACCUGAACGAAACCAACCCAAACAUAAUCGACCCCAUUAAUAUAACUGUCACACCCUAUGAUAUUCGCGGAGGCCACUUCCCCGAAUUCCACCUUAUGCGCGGCUCCAACCCCCCAAGACGGAUAUCCCUGCUGCAGAAGUUUAUCAGAACCGUUUACGACGAGCACUCCGAGGUUCGCAUCUUGGGAACUUGCUUCGGCCACCAGCUCAUCUCGCACGCGCUUGUUCGCGAUCCCGAGGACAAGGUCCGCGACGUCUACGUCGAGAAGUGCCCUCUGGGAAGAGAAGUUGGAAUUUACAAAGUUGAUCUUAAUAAGGAAUUUAUUCGGUCGUUCCCUUCGGCUUUCGCUCAUCUUCCGCAAAGCCAGAUGCGCAUCCAGAUGUUCCAUGGUGAUCGGGUCAUGGCUGUUGAGAAGGGGGCUCCUGUGUCGCUGAGCGAUACCCCGCCCGUUUCCCUGCCUGCUCCAUGGAUUAAUGUUGGAAGUACCCCUAUCUGCCCUAUUCAAGGCCUUUAUAACCCCGGACGUGUGCUGUCUGUUCAGGGUCACUAUGAGAUGGAUGCCUUUGGCUUGACCAAGAUGUGCAAGGAUGCUGCGCCCACUAUGGGAUGGAAGGAGUCCAAGCUUGCCGUGUUCCUGGAGCAGGUUGGUCCUGAUCUGGUGGAUCAACAGGACGAUUCUAAGUGCUUUGCUACCGCGGUUGUCUCCUUCCUGUCUGACCUGGAGGGAUGA